UUUGCAGGUUGUGCAGACAACAGUAGACACUGUCCUUCUUGGGCUAGAGCAGGAUACUGUAAAGGCAUGUACGAAUCGUUCAUGAAAAGAAAUUGCGCAAAGAGCUGUAAACUAUGCGGUGGUGGCAACGGCGAGAACAGUGGUGGAUCGAGACAGUGUGAAUACAAACCCAGUGUUCGAAUUGUUGGUGGUGCCUGGCCGUGGCAGGCGCAAAUCAGGACACUCAGUGGAUUUCCUUUCUGUGGGGGAACUUUAGUUCAUCCACAGUGGGUUGUCACUGCUGCCCACUGCGUCGUGGGUAAAUCCCCCUCAAACAUUCGUGUGAGACUUGGAGCUCACAAGCGCACAUCCAAUGUUGGAAUCGAACAGGAUAUGAAGAUUGAAAAAAUCAUUUCUCACCAUAGCUACAGGCGACCUUGUGGCAUGGCUCACGAUAUCGCCAAGUUGAAACUGAGAACACCCGCUAAAAUUAACAAGGCUGUUAACCCAGUUUGCAUGCCAGGAUCAAGUGGAAAAGUUGCAGAUGGCAAGAAGUGCUUGGUCACAGGUAAAUUCAGACUAAUCUAUAGUGGGGCCUAUGGGUCAUCAAUCCACGACUCAAUGGUGUGCGCUGGGCUCGACGAGGGCGGUAAAGACCCCUGCCAAGGGGAUUCUGGAGGUCCCACGGUCUGUGAAGACAACGGAAAGUUCUUCCUGGAGGGUGUCGUGUCCUGGGGAAUCGGAUGUGCUUCACCAGGGAAAUAUGGCGUCUACGCGAGGAUCCGUUACUUGAAGCAGUGGAUUGACCAGACGAUGAAUUCAUAUUAUAAUAACAUGACAAUGCAUUCGUCAGUGGCACUCUGUGUUUUGGGCGUAGCAGUCUUGGCCGUUUUCGCACAAGGAUGUGAGGAUAAAAACCGAAAUUGCCCGCGCUGGCAACGUCAAGGGUACUGCAAAGGCAAAUACCAAAAGUAUAUGGAAGAGAACUGUAAGAAGAGCUGCAACAAAUGCGGUGGCGGUGGAGGCGGUGGUGGUGGUGGAUCAGGAAAAUGCGGAUAUAAACCCAGAUCAAGAAUUGUGGGUGGUACCGAGGCCCCCAAAGGAGCUUGGCCUUGGCAGGCAUUGAUAACAUCUCGGGGUUUUGGAUUUUGUGGAGGAACUUUAGUUGAUGAGCAGUGGGUUGUCACUGCGGCUCACUGUACUGCUGGUAAAUCUGCCUCAAGCAUUCGCGUAAGGCUUGGAGCUCAUUAUCGAAACAGCAAUGUUGGAACAGAACAGAAUAUGGAGGUCGAAAGAAUCAUCGAUCACCACAGCUACAAACGACCAUACGGCAUGGCUCACGACAUCUCCUUGCUGAAACUGCGCAGUCGCGCACAAAUAAACCGAGCUGUCAACCUGGCCUGCUUGCCUGGAUCAAGUGGAGAAGUUUCAGAUGGCAAGAUGUGUUGGGUUACAGGAUUUGGAACGUUGUCUUCAGGUGGCUCUCUAGCAACCAAACUCAUGCAGGUUGAAGUACCAAUCGUCUCUCAAAGUAGUUGCAAAAGGGCUUACGGCUCAUCGAUCCACGACUCCAUGGUAUGCGCUGGUCUCAGAGAGGGAGGCAAGGACUCGUGCCAAGGGGAUUCAGGGGGGCCGUUGGUUUGUGAAUUCAACGGAAAGUUCUUCCUCGAGGGUGUUGUAUCGUGGGGAAGCGGAUGUGCUUCACCAGGAAAAUAUGGCGUCUACGCACGGGUCCGUUACUUGAGGCAAUGGAUUGGCAGUACAAUGAGCCGAUAUAUUUUAGUUUUCGUUUUCUUUAACAUUGAUGGAAGUGAGUUUAAUUGGAGCAUAAAGUUGCGUUACUCUCACUGUCGCACCAUGAAGUCCUCAGUGAUGCUGAGCGUGUUGCUCCUUGCUCUCUUGGCAAGCCUCUCACAUGGUUGUGAAGACAAGACGGUAAACUGCAUAGAUUAUGUAAGUUACUGCAAAGUGCAACAUUGGGUAGACUACAUGAAGGAGAACUGUCAGAAAACUUGUAAGUACUGCAGUGGUGGUGGCGGUAACGGUGGUGGCAGUGACGGCGGCGGUGGUAACGGUGGUGGCGGUGACGGCGGCGACGGUAACGGCGGUGGCGGUGACGGCGGUGGAAACGGUGGAUCAGGGGAUUGUGGAUACAAACCCAGCACGCGAAUUGUUGGUGGUACUCAGGCCCCUCAAGGUGCCUGGCCGUGGCAAGCAAUGAUCAGAACUCCUUCUGGUUUCCCUUUCUGUGGAGGUACUUUGGUACAUCCACGAUGGGUUGUCACUGCAGCCCACUGCAUCUCGGAAGACUCGCCCUCAAGCAUCCGUGUAAGGCUUGGAGCUCACAAACGUAUGGGCAACAUAGGAACUGAACAAGAUUUUGAAGUUGAAAGGAUCAUCCCCCAUCACAGCUACAAACAACCCUACGGCAUGGCUCACGACAUCGCCAUGUUGAAACUGCGCAGGCCCGCACAAAUUAACAGAGCUGUCGGAAUGGCUUGCUUGCCUGGAUCAAGCGGAAGAGUCCCGGAUGGCAAAAGAUGUUGGGUUACAGGAUUUGGAACACUGUCUUCUGGAGGUUCUUCACCCAGCGUCCUCAUGCAGGUCUCUGUUCCCAUUGUUUCUAAAAGUAAAUGCAAAAGGGCUUACGGGUCAUCAAUCCACGCCUCCAUGGUCUGUGCUGGACUCGAUGAAGGGGGCAGGGAUUCGUGCCAGGGAGAUUCAGGUGGACCCAUGGUCUGUGAAUUCAACGGAAAGUUCUUCCUCGAGGGUGUUGUAUCGUGGGGAAGUGGAUGUGCUUCACCAGGAAAAUAUGGCGUCUACGCCAGGGUCCGUUACUUGAGGCAAUGGAUUGAUACUACAAUGAGCAAAUAUUAACAAAUUAUUAAAGGCACUAAAAAUAAUAACCACUGUUUGCGUUUAUUAUUAUUUAAGUCCUAGGACGUUCGGCCAUAACUUUGAUAGACAGCUCCCAACCCACAAAUAUACUAUAAAGCAAUUACAUAAGACGAGAAAAUUCAAAUUACAUCGACUAUUUUGUUGUGUCGUGUCGUUAUUUUGUUGUUCAUCCGUGUCCUUGUACAUUAACUACAUGCACUGUUUGUCUGCUCAGUUUGUCUUUCUCAAGUUUCCCCUUGUUAGCUCUGCUCCCCUCUACGACAGGAGUACAGCAUUCUUAAAUAAUUGUGUGUUACACUUGAUAUGCCUGUGGAAUGGCUCACCAAUUUGUCGGUCCUGUUCCAUAUCAACCAAUUAAAGCUACGAACAGAUUUUUAGCCGUUAACUAAAAAAACGCAUUUUUCUCCUACCUUGCACAACUGUGGCCUCUGUCUCAAAACAGAUGGGUGAGAAGGUUUAUACACCAUGAAAUUUUUCAUAUUUGGUUGCCAUCGUAUUUAUCUUACAUAAAGUAUUUACUUAUUUCAGAACUGUGGAACUCCGGAUGUAUCAAGGUCGUUACCUUAUUCUACGCUAGGUUUUUGUAGCCGUAGUUCAGCCGUUGGAUAAGCUUUGAUAGAGAUGAAUGUUUUGGUUGUAAAUUACUGGCUAAAGAAAUGUGUUCAAGAGAUCGUCAAGCCCUCGUGAACGUAAACCUUCCAGAACCUUUUACAUUGAUUUAUAUUUAAUUUACUCGAGUUGUUUUGGACAUUACGUUAUUGCCUUUUGGUGAUGAUAAUUAUGCAAUUUCUGACCAAAUUCGCAAAAACAUGCCCGCAUUGACUCAAAGACAGUCCUACCGGCCAGAAGUCCUCUGACCACCCCACUGGCUAGGAGAAUGGCCCCGUCACGCAUGCACGUGGCAUGGACCACUCCAGCAGGGUGCCAUGUCAACACAGAAGCCUCAAACAAGGUUGCGCCCGAAUCCAGGCGAAAACCUAGCGGGGAUGUUUUUGCGAAAUCGCUCAGAUUUAAAGUAGGAUAAAUCCUUUUCUAAGGUUUGACAUGAAAUCAGACUCUAGAGUUUGACAUGUUAUCAACUCAGGUACAAAGGCCUUGGUUCAAUGUUCUCCAGGGUUUCAAACCCUAUGCACGUGACCACAUUGGCGUGUUUUAAUUUAAAUAGUGAAAUCAUGCGUUUGCAGGCGGCUUGCUGUCAAAGGCAAGAAAGAAAGGAGGUUGUCAUGAUUUUGACUGUGUCGCGGGGACUUUGCUCAGUUGUUGAACAAUGCUUGAGAGGCGCAUGUCAAGUGGAUUGACGGACCAGUCUUCUUGCUAGCGAGGUGGUCGAGGCAUCUGGGACACUUAGGACUGUCUUAAGGUCUUUUGCGGGCAUUUUCUUGCAAAUUCGAGAUUUGUUGAUUAGAUUAAAUCUUUCACUAACGUUUCGCAUUGAAUCAAACUUUAGAUUUUGAUGUAAUUAAUCCAGCUCUGGUGAAAACAGGCUUCGCUCCAGUGUUUCACUGGGUUUUUCUGCACUCGGUCCGUACAUCCUGACGUACCUCGAUCAAAAUAUUGUCCUGUCCGGCCCUACCACUCAGUCAAUAAGUACAUAUUAUUUGCCAUAGAUAUUUCUGACUUAAUUUUCUCUCGACAUUAAUGACCAAAACCUUGAAAAAAAAAAGAAAAAAAAAAAACUGUGGAAACAACAAAUUUUAUCACAAAAAUGGACAAUUCCGGUUUGCAUUUCAGGACAUUUUUUUGCAGUGGGGAGUGGAACAGCAUUUUCUGGAAUUUUAGGAAUAGUGGACAACCUCGAAGGUAACAUUUCGAAAAUUUACUGCUAGGAAUGUCCGUUCCAUUUGAUUUUCUUCCCGGAAUCUAUUCAUAUGCAAAGGUUCUGCUUUGCAUGAAAAAGAGCUUGUGUGUUGUCCAUGUCAAAAAGAAAAAAAAAAUGUUAAAUAGUUUUUACAAAUUUUCGACGAUUUAUCAUCUAUUAAACAGUUAACCUAUUAGUUUGUUAUCCGAAUAAUUCCCAGCAAUUAUUUUCUCAGCUGACAAUUUGAACAAUUUUUGGCGAUCAGUAAAAUUCCUUUUCUAGGGGUUAAGGCAUUAUUAUUCAAUUUAUUCAAAUUUAAGUCACACUUUUAUGUUGUAAUUGUAAAGAUUCUAGAGGUUGCUGCUUACUCAAAUCUUAAACAACUACAGGCCUGGGGUAGCGCGGUGCGAGAUACUCGAACUCCACUUGGUACAUUCAAACUAUUUAAUGACAGAUCAAGUCCAUAGAUCUAGUUCACAACAGGUAGCGACUGAAGAAGUAGCGAAAACCAGUAAAUCGCUAGUAGUGGUAGCAGAUACGAAUAGGAGUACUAGUAGUAGUCGUCCAAAUAGAUGUAGUAGUAGUAGGUUCGAACUGAAAAGCGACAGUUAAGAAUACGUCCUACUUAGAUAAGGCAUAAAAUACAAAUCUAACAGGAUAGAACAAUCAUAAUAAGACUAACGAGAUCACAGCGUGAAACAAAUAGACGUGACAAUUGCAUGCUCAAGUGUAUUAAGGCCUGACUGAAGCACGGAAACGAGGCU